AACCAAACCAAAAGAAUGAAGUCCUUCAUUGUUUUCGCUCUCGUCGUCGCCGCGGCCGUCGCUCUCCCAACCCAAAUCGACUCCAAAAACGCCGUCGUCGAAAAAAAUGAUUUGGUAAACAUCGGCGUUGAUGGAUACAGUUACGAAGUCCAGACAAGCGAUGGCAAGUCAGUUAAGGAAGUUGGGACCCUGAAGAACGUUGGAACUGAAAACGAAGGCAUCGAAGUCCGCGGCGAGUACUCUUACUACGGUGACGACGGUGUUUUAUACAGCGUGACCUACAUCGCCAACGAGAAAGGUUUCCAGCCACAAGGCGCCCAUCUCCCCGUCUCCCAAUAAAUACAUAUCAGCGAAAAUCAAAAUGAUCUAGUCUAAAUCGACCACCAAGCGACUGUCAUGUUGUUGGACUUGCACAUAGUUAGAAUAGUAAAUAUGUUUUUUUGAUUCCAAAACA